AUGUCAACUUCAACACCUCCUCUCAGCCCCAGUUUAUUAAUCAACGGUGGCAGACCUCGUCAAAGCGUCAUCAAAUCAAAAACAGCUCAUGGCUCUACCAUGACUAUCACUCGUUCAGAAAAACGUUGUUUCAUCCGUUAUGUGAACACAGUCAUGAACAAUGCCAUUCAAAAAGCGAUCGAAGAAAAGUCGAAAAUGCAGGAAAAUGGUUCUUGGAAUGUCAUCAUGAAUGCUCUUUCACAACAUUCAUCAUCAUCAGAAGGUGGAGAAACAGUGAAUAGCAGCACUGGAGAAUUGAUUUCACCAAGAGGUUCGAAUCGUCGACAACGAAAUGUUUUGCUUCAUUUGGGAGAUUUGGCAGUGAUUGAUUAUUGGAAACCGAUGGAAGUGGUUGGUAUUGAAGAAUUGGAGAGUAAUGUGGAAUUGUUUGAGAGAUUGCAAGAUGGAGUGGUGUUUUGUCACUUGUUAGACAAGAUUCAAUCUGGUCUCGUCGAUUGGACUAAAAUCAACAAGAGAAACAUUCUCUCACCUCAGGAAGAAAUCUCCAAAUUCCAAAAAGUUGAAAAUCAAAACUUGGUUCUCGAAGUCGCUCCAUCAGUCGGAUGUCAACUGGUUGGCAUUGGUGCCAGUGAGCUUGCAGAUGGAUCUCAACAACCACUCUUAGCAUUGUUGUGGCAACUCAUUCGACAGGAUGUCACCAAACGUCUCAAUGUCAUGCAUUCUCUUCGAUUAAUUGCUCUCAAAGAAGAAUCUGAAAGUGUGGUUGAUUUCAUGAAACUUCCUCCUCAACAAUUGUUGUUACGUUUUGUGAAUUACAAUCUUAAGGCAACAAAAACAAAGAAAGUUGUUGCUAACUUUUCUGAAGAUUGGAAAGAUGGUGAAGCAUUUUGUUAUCUUAUUAAGAAUAUUGUGGAUAUCAAUAACCGAUUUUCUCCCUCCAAAGUUUCCAAAAAUGGAAGUGAUUCGGGUGACGAAGAUUCUGACACCUCGUCGACCUCAAGUCAAUCAAAAGAAUUCACAGAAGAACACAUUCAAGAAAUUCUCUCCAUUGAAAGUCAUGAAGAAAGAGCCAAACGAAUCAUUCAAACCAUUAAUGAUUUAGGAUUAAAUCCAAAUCAUGUUCACAUUGAAGGAGAAGACAUUGCCACUGGUGUCAACACAUUGGUCAUGACGUUGGUGGGAAGCAUGUUUAAUUCCACAAAUUUGAAUGGUUUACAAAGUGAGUUGACUGAAGAUCCAGAAAAGAUGACUCAAUUGAGAAGAGAUAUUCUUGACAACUUUUUGGAAAUGAUGAAAGACGACAUGCCAGAAAUUAAAAAGCCAGAAAUGAAAGUCUUUUUGGAAUUGGUGAAGAAAUUGUCAGAUGUCAAUAUUAAGGAAAUUGAAGAAAAGAUUGUGGAAAAACGUGUUCAAGAGUACAAGAUGGAAGUUAGAAAGUUAAAAAAGCAACACUAUAUUCUCUUCAAUCAGUCCGAACAAUACAAACGUCGAAUUGAAGAGUUAGAGAAAACUGUCGCCGAACAACGAGUCACCAUCAAAGGAUUAGAAAACAAGAACGCACAACAAGCGAAUCAAAUCAAAGAGCUCGAAGACGAACUCCAAAAAGCAAACAAUUCUCGAAAGGAAGAUUUGAGGAAACUCGGUGGAGAAGAUUUUCUCGACGACUCUGAAGAAAUCACUGCCGAAGAAAUUCGCAAAAAAACAAGUCAAAAAAUUGAGGAAUUGGUGAAACGUGUGAAAAUUCUCAAAGAAGCACUCAUUCAAACAAGAAAAGAUCUCAAUUAUGGAAUGACCUUGAGUGGUGUAGAUGCAGAGACAAAAUUAGCAGAAUUUAGAUUUGGUUCUCCACUCACGUGCGAACGUUUGACUUCUGAAUUUAAACCCACAUUGACUGGAUAUAUUGAAAAGAAGGGUCGUUUGAAGAAGAAUUGGAAGAAGAGAUUCUUUGUCUUGCUUCAAAAUUAUCUCUUUUAUUUUGCAAAAGAGAAUGGUAAAUUGAAAGGAUUCCUUCGUAUUGAGGAAUGUGAAAUUGAACGUGAGGAAGAAGUUGGAUCUAAAGGACUCUGUGUGUUCCAUGUCAAGACGAUGGGACGUUUAUUGUCGCUGCGAUUGGAAAAUACUGAGGAUCGAGAGGAUUGGAUUAAGUGGAUUUAUGAAAACUCGAGAGUAUUGCAUGAGUAA